CCAGGCCCCAGCCCUGGGAAGGGGCCCACCUUGGCCUGGCCACACCGCGGCAGUGUUCCCCUCCCCCAACCCUCUCAGCGGUGGCCCCACCUGUCCCUGACAGCGGGUACUAUGAAAAGGUAAAGGGGGCUGCUGCAGGGACCCCCACCAGCCGUGUCCACCCUGACCCCCGGGCGGGACCCAUUUCACCGUCUAGACCACCGCUGUUGCCACCACCGCCACUGGUGGCUCCCAGCACAGCCCCUGGGCAUGGCCAACUACUACGAGGUGCUGGGUGUGCAGGCGAGCGCCUCCCCCGAGGACAUCAAGAAGGCCUACCGCAAGCUGGCCUUGCGCUGGCACCCCGACAAGAACCCCGACAAUAAGGAAGAGGCUGAGAAGAAAUUUAAGCAGGUGUCCGAGGCCUAUGAGGUGCUGUCCGACUCCAAGAAGCGCUCUGUGUACGACCGUGCUGGCUGUGACAGCUGGCGGGCUGGCGGUGGCGGGGCCAGCACCCCUUACAGCAGCCCCUUCGACUCGGGCUACACCUUCCGCAACCCUGAGGACAUCUUCCGUGAGUUCUUCGGCGGCCUGGACCCCUUCUCCUUUGACUUCUGGGAUAACCCGUUCAGCAGUGAGCGCAGUGGCCGUGGCCAUGGCCUGCGAGGGGCCUUCUCGGCUGGCUUCGGUGAGUUCCCCGCCUUCAUGGAGGCCUUCUCGUCCUUCGAUGCCCUGGGCCGCGGUGGGGGCAGCCGUACCACCUUCUCGUCCACCUCCUUCGGGGGCUCCGGCUCAGGGGGCUCAGGCUUCAAGUCGGUCAUGUCGUCCACGGAGAUGAUCAACGGCCACAAGGUCACCACCAAGCGCAUCGUGGAGAACGGACAGGAGCGUGUGGAGGUGGAGGAAGACGGGCAGCUCAGGUCGGUCACCGUCAACGGCAAGGAGCAGCUCAAACGUGUGGAUGGCAAGUGAGUGCUGGCUGCCCGGCGGCCAACACUGCCACCGCCCGCUGGCUGACACAGCCUGAUGGUUAAUAAAUGUGCCAAGUGUGUUCACUGAA